AUCAACUUUUCAAGAUUCCUAAUUUUUACACAACGAAGCAAUAUUUUUGGUUUUUUCUUACUGCGAGUUUUUAAGUAACAAAGAUGUCUCUGGAGGGACUGCAGGAACGGCUAGCUGCCUUGCAGGAGACUACCGCGCAGCUGAGGGAACUGAUCGAUCGAUUGGCAAACGUGGAAUUUCAACCAGGAUCAGUGCCUUUGAAUAUCGAAGAGGAAGGGAGUGUGAGCGGAGAGCUUAGCGCAGAAGCUGGCUUAAUAUUGAAGAACGGAUUAGAAGAUCAGCAGCUGCUAUGUGAAGAGGCGAAAUAUCUGCGGCGAGGCGGACAUGAGAAGGAGAGGCUUGAAGAUGGGAUCGAGAGGGUAGGAAAGGAAUUGGCCAGCCAUCGAUCAUCACUUCGAAAGGCACGCCUAUCAGCGAAGAAGAGUUUAGCGCGGGCACAACGACUAGAAAGAGAGCUCAUGGUACAGUCCUUCUCCGAGCCCAUUUCGGAGACAGAUACCUCCGUCGGCGGCAGUGCCGAACAAUCACAAGUUAUAUCUCGACCCGUACGACCUAGCUACCAUCAGAACCGCCAACUGCAGUCCAGUCUAUCGGAAGAAGACCGACAAACGGUGGGAGCAAGCAGCAACGUCACAAAUGCCCUGCGACGGACACACGCCCUCAUUGCGUCGGAGCUGACAAAGAGCGAGUUUGCGCGGCAGACGCUGACGGAGUCGUCGGCUGCGUUAAAGAAGCUGGACGAGUCGUAUACUUCGCUGGAUGGCAUGCUGGCCAGCUCAAGGGAUCUGCUGGGCACGCUGCUCAAGUCUCAGAAGAGCGAUACGUGGUAUUUACAAACGGCGCUGUACAUGCUGAUGGUGACGGGCGCGUGGCUUGUGUUUAGGAGGAUCUUGUAUGGACCGUUGUGGUGGCUUGUAUGGUUGCCGCUGCGGAUUGUGUUUGGAGUCGGGUCAAAGGCUGGAAGCGCGGUGAUGAGUAGUACCCGCGAGCCUGGGCAAUCUGGAAAAGCUGGGGUGGUGAUUGACGGGGAGAUUAAGGUGGAUGGAUUGCCGGACGAGAGCUUGCCUACUGCAAAGGUGGGAUGGGAGCCGAAAGUGGCGCAGGAGGAGAGGGAUGGUAAUGAUGAGUCCAUGGUUGACAAAGUUGGAAAGAUUGUGGAUGCAGUGAAGGAGGCUGAUGAGUUGGGAGCGAUACCUGGAGAUGCUGAAGAUGGUCUUGAUGAUUUGCAAGGAAGCGAAUCUGCAGAGGUCGUUGUAGAGGAUUCGCGGCCGAGAGAUGAGCUAUGAGAUUAUAUCAUGCAUAACGCGAGAAUUUAUAAUAUGAUAUAAAAAAAAGAAGAUUUAACAUUCAUAACUAAAUCC